AUGGAGCGACAACACCCUAUAAGCGCUAGUUUCCAUGGCUCCAUGAGGAGCAGGGAUUCUUCAUCGACUAUAGGCAGUGAUCCUAGGGAGAAAAUAAAAGACUGUUUUAGAAAAUUCAUUGCAUUUAUGUUUACACAAGUGGGUGUCGGCGCUCUUGUUGUCUGUUACGCCAUCCUUGGUGCUGCAGGGUUCAUGCACAUAGAAAAGGACAACCCAGAUGAGCAGCUGGAAGAAGUAAAGAGAUUGAGGCAGAACUGUGCUGAGGCACUGUGGAACAUCACAGUGAAUGUCAACGUGUUUAACGAGACAAUAUGGGUGUUAAAGGUGAAUGAAGUUUUAAGAUUGUUUCAAAACAACAUAACUGCUGCAAUACUCACUGGUUACAAUGGGAGAUCAGCCCAGGAUAUUUGGUCAUUCCCCGCUGCUCUUAUGUAUUCUUUGUCAGUGUUUACCAUGAUAGGGUAUGGUAAUGUGGUGCCUAAAACAGUGUGGGGCAAGAUCAGCACCAUAGCUUAUGCAUGUUUUGGUAUACCAAUAUAUAUUUUGUAUUUCUGUAACAUGGGCAAAGUAUUGGCAAAGACCUUCAAAUGGUUGUAUAUUACUGCUCAUGAGUGUAGCAGGCGUGAUGACACAUUAUUUGAAGAAGGUGGAAUACAGCCUGUUAAGAGGAAGAUUACCGUACCAUCUACAGCUUGUUUAUGGGUAAUAUCUUUCUAUAUCUUGACAGGAACCAUAAUGUUUGGAGCUUGGGAAGAUUGGAACUAUUUGGACUCUACGUACUUCUGUGUAAUUAGUUUGUGCAAGAUUGGAUUUGGAGAUUUUGUUCCGGGAGCAAAUAUAGCUGAUUCAGCCGAUGGUUCUCAUGUCAAGCUUGUCAUUAAUUUCAUUUAUGUACUCCUGGGUAUGGGGUUGGUAGCUAUGUGCUAUAAUCUUAUGUGUGAAGAUGUACAGGUUAAGGUGAGAGAGUUGAAAGAAGAUUUGAAGAAUUGCCUUGAUGACAUUACAUUGAAGAUCACAGUGUGCAUGAAUGAUACAAAGUAUUAUCAUCAGAAGCAGAGUAGGAGUGCCAAAUGA